AUCGAUCUUUCGUUUGGUCACGUGAUAUCAUCUAGGCAACCGAACGCUUCUAAGUUAUAUUUCUGUUGUCCGGAAACCUAAAUUCACGGAAAAAAGUCUCAGUGGUGAGUGACUGCAUGACUUGAAAGCGACUCUGUGCAGCUAAAUCAUCAUGCCUGCCAAAAAGGAGACAAUUUCUCUCCAGAAGGAGAUUCUGAACCAGGAGAUGUGGGAUGAAUUAUUGAGUCUUGAAGGACUGACAGUUAUUGAUGUAUAUCAGAAAUGGUGUGGACCGUGUGCUGCAGUACUAAGUCUCUUCAAGAGGCUCAGGAAUGAGGUCGGAGAUGAUCUGCUCAGAUUUGCUGUGGCUGAAGCAGAUAGCAUCGAAAGCCUUGAGAGGUACCGUGGAAAAUGUGAGCCUUCGUUCCUUAUGUAUGGGAGUGGUCAACUGGUCAACGUGGUGAGGGGGGCCAACGCUCCUAAACUCCUCAAGGACGUAGAACGAGAGCUGAAACAGGAACACAAGGUUCUAGAGGAAGGAGUAGAACGAGUAGUGAUCAAGGAUCCCUUGUUAGCAGCCUUUGAGGCUGAAGAACAUCAGGCAGCACAGGCAGAAGAAGUUGAGAAGAAGAAACAGGAGGAGGAUGCAAGGAUCAAGGAAAUAAAAGAAUUAGGUGAUGAAGGAGAGGUUAGCGUGAGACCAGUAAGUCAGGGUACAGUAGACACCUUGAUGCAUGACAGACAAGAUGGAUCAAAGACAGAGCCUCUUCCUAAAGAAGUCACAGUUGUUCUCAUCAAACCGGACGCUGUUGCUAGUGGCCACGUGGAUGAUAUCAUUGCUAAGAUUGAGGAGCAUGGUUUUGAGAUCCUGGCUACAGAAGAUAAGACUCUGACUGAAGAAGAAGCCAGAGAGUUCUACAAACAGCAUCAAGAAGAAGAUCACUUUGAGGAGCUGGUCACCUUCAUGGCUAGUGGUCCUAGCAAAAUUCUUGUCUUGACCCGAGGUAACACGGGUGAAGGGGUCGUGUCGGAUAUCAGGAAUCUGCUAGGACCCAAGGAUAUUGAAGUUGCCAAGGAGCAAGCACCUGAAAGUUUACGAGCUCAGUUUGGUACAGAUAAGAAAAUGAAUGCGAUGCAUGGAGCAGACUCGUCAGAAACAGCUGCAAGAGAGCUAGCAUUCCUUCUUCCUAACUUCAGCAUUCCCCUCGUACCAGGGACUGGUCCUCCACCAAUCGUUGAGAAAACCUUGGCUCUUAUCAGACCAAGCGCACUCAAGGACCAUAAAGAUGAAAUGCUGCAGAAGAUUCAAGAGGCUGGGUUUGAGGUAUGCCUUCAGAAGAUGGUUCAGCUAACAGAGGAACAAGCUAAAGAUUUCUAUAAAGAGCAAGAAGGUACCGCACACUUUGAAGAUCUCAUCAGGGAGAUGACAAGUGGUGAGGUUCUUGCUCUAGGUCUUGCCAAAGAGUCUGCCAUUCAAUCCUGGAGAGAUUUCAUUGGACCUACCAUCAUUGAUGAGGCCAAGGAGAAGGCUCCUGAAAGUUUACGAGCUCAGUACUCAGUCCCAGAUACUCAAGUGAAUGUAGUCCAUGGUAGUGACUCUGUAGAUAAUGCAGAGAAAGAACUCGGGUUCUUCUUCCCCAAACAGAGCACAUUAGCUGUCAUUAAACCUGAUGCAGCUGGAGAACAUAAAGAGGCCAUCAUUGAGAAGAUCAAAGAGGCAGGAUUUAACAUCAGUCUUCAGCGAGAUGUUGAGCUGAACAAGGAGCUGGCAUCUAAGCUCUACAUGGAGCAUGAGGGCAAGGAAUUCUAUGAGAACCUCAUUGAACACAUGUCAAGUGGUCUAUCAAUGGUGAUGGUGUUAUCCCGCGAGGAUGCUGUUGACGGCUGGAGAACCCUGAUGGGACCUACAGACCCUGACUACGCCAGGGAGCAUGCUCCGGAGUCAUUGAGGGCACUGUUGGGUAAGGACGUCAUGCAGAACGCUGUCCAUGGCAGCUCUAACCCAGAGGAAGCCAAGACGAGGAUUGAGAGACUCUUCCCUGAUGUGGAAGUACUACCUGGGGGAGAGGUCAAAGUGAAAGGAGAAGAAGGAGAAGAGGGAGGAGAGCAACAGACAGAGCAGCCAGCAGGAGAAGGUGAAGAGCAACAAGCGGAACAGCCUGCAGGUGAAUCAGGUGAACAACAAGCAGAGGGAGGAGAGGCAGCUACAGAGGGGGCUGAGCAGCAAGCAGAACAGCCACCUGCUGAAGGAGAAGAAGCGGCACAACAAAGAGAAGAGGGUGGAGAGACAGAGCAACAAGCAGAGGUCAGAGAAGGAGAUGGUAGUGAGACCCAGCAGGUGGAGGAUGGUCCUAAGGAGGAUGGUCCAACGGAAGAUGGUCAAACCCAGGAGGAUGGUCAAACCCAGGAAGCGCAGGCUGAGCAGCAAGUGGAAGAUGGGAAGACUGGAGAAGAGGCUGCAGAGGAGGAGAAGGCAGUGGAUGAGGAGGCCCCACCCACUGAUGCCCAAGAGGGACAGGCUGAUGGGGAUCAACCCCAGGGAGGUGGGGAGGAGAAGGAGCAGAAAGAAGGGGGCGAUGAAGGUGAGAAACCAGCUGAAGAAGGUGAAACUCAACAAACACAAGAGGGCGAGGCACCCGCAGCUGAACAAACUGAACAGACACAAGAGGGUGAAGAAGAGAAGCCUGCUGAAGAAGCUGCUCCUGCCUCAGAGGAAGCAGCAGCGGAGCAAGCACCUGCUGCAGAGGAGACUCAGGAAGGAGAGGAGAAGAAAGAAGAACAGACACAAGAUGCACCUGCAGCGGAAGGUGGAGAGGCAGGAGCUAUGGAGGGGGAAGUCCCCGUCACUGAAGGAGGGGAAGCCCUGGCUGCUGCAGAAGGGGAAGGGGAUGCUAAGCCAGAAGAGACUGCAUCAUAAAGAAAUCCAUCAAUCACAAAAACACUCAUCCCAUUUUCCUGGCAAUUUUUAUUUGUACCCUGGCUAUCUGGUUGUAAGCGCAGGGUUUCAAAAACCAUACACAGAACUCAUCUUAUCAAAACUGGACAAGGAUAUGAUUUACUUGAGAUCGGUGUACGUGUAUUGUAAUGAAGUGCAUGUUGCCUGAAUUGAAAGCUCUACAAACCAACCGAAGCAUUUCUGCUGGAGGAUUCCAACAUUGUAACAAAGUGAAGAAAAGACAAGUUAUGGUUAACUUUUGAGGUGUGGAGGUCAAAUUAUAGAAGAGUAUUCAUCUAGUAAUAAUGUGUAUAUAAGUGUUUCUUGUUUCAUUUUCUUCUCAGUACAAAUAUGAUCUAAGUAAGAUCAAAGCAAAUUGAGUGUUAUAAAUACCUUCUUCCAUACUCUUGGUUGAUUGUGAGUAGGAUUUCAUAUUUGCAAAGUACAAUUGUUAUGUAAGUAACAAUAUUUAGAAAAGCCGUUUCUGUACUGUUUUAAUACAACUUACUCUCAUUCAAGACAAAGUUUACUGCUCUUCAUGUCAUCACUUGAGCAAUAAUGCUGAUUCCAUGAUGAAGAAAAGAGAAUUCUGAGUUUCCUGUUUAGUACAUGCUUUGGAGCAUGGAAGCAGGAGCUUGGAAUGUAAGAAAGUCUUGAAUGAGAAGGCUAUAUUAAGGGAAGAUUCUUAAACAUUCCUUUUCUGCUGCAGUUUGAAGUAUUUUUCCUCAUCAUUUCAUGAAUUAUACUCUCCACCCACUUUAAGAAUUACAGUACUAUUGUGCAGGACAUAAUAUUCAAACGAUUGAUACAAUAAUAUGAUAUUUUUAAAAAAAUCAUAUGAUUCUAUCACCAAUGAGCUCUCUUGAAAUGAAUACACAUGGCUUGCUGUUUAGUACAUAUGUAGAUCAUAUGGAAGCACAAGUCAGUGUAAUAGCUCUAAAUAUAUUAAAAUGAAAACUGUUUUAACUUUAUCAGCAGUUCAGAAAUUUAUCAUCACAUUACCGAUAUGUCUUUACUCAAAUUUCCGUCCUUUCCAUUUAAAGCUAUUCAAAAUACUGAAGAUUUAUUUUAUGUUUAUAUAUUAACAUUGUCUGAGAACUGUAUUUUAUAUAUGAAGAAAGCAAUACAAAAUAAUAAAAGAAUUUAAAAAAGGAAA